AUGUCCAGCUAUGACAAGGUGGUGAAAGGUGCCACCAAGCCAAAGUCCGGUGGCAUCAAGCCAAAGUACAUUGAUCCCAUCAUUGCCACCACCUUCGCGACUGAUGGCUCCCUCCAAGAUGUGUGCCGAGCUCUUGGCAAUCGUCUCCGAGAGCCAAAUGCCACCGUUGUGCUCAAGUCGCUCGUCAUUCUCCAUACCAUGAUUAGGAAUGGUGAAGUCGAUAACGUCCUCAGCCAUCUCUCGUCUGACAGUGGCAAUAUCCGCCUACGAAACGUUUCUUCCAACAGCUGGUCGGGUUACUCGGCUCCCCAGACGCUUUCUGUUUACGCGCAGUAUCUCGACGAGCGUGUUCGUGCAUAUCGCGACCUCAAGCAUGAUGUUAUCCGCUCCUCUGAUCGCUCUCGCGCACACUCGAACGGUGCCAGCAACAGCAACCGCUUGCGCAAACUCUCUGUCGAAAAGGGUCUGCUGCGCGAGGUCUCUUCCACACAAAAAGUGGCUAGCGUCCUCAUGCAGUGCUCGUUCUUCCUCGACGAUCUCAACGAUGACCUUGUCAUGGCCGCUUUCCGCAUGACCCUCAAGGAUCUUCUUGCCAUCUACACUGCCAUCAACGAAGGCGUCAUCAACAUUCUCGAACACUACUUUGAGAUGGCCAAGUCUGACGCUGAGCGUGCACUCGAGCUCUACAGGCGCUUCUGUCGCCAGACCGAAAACGUCGUUGCUUUUCUUAACAGUGCUAAAAAGGCGUCUCACAGCCUUGACCUCGCCAUCCCUUCGCUCAAGCAUGCACCUGUCUCGCUCGCCGGCGCACUCGAAGAGUACCUCAAGGACCCCAAUUUCGAGCAAAACCGCAAAGAAUACAAGGAGAACAAGCGCAUCGCCGAUGGAAACCCGCCUGCAUCCACCGCUCGGCCCACUUCCACCAUCUCUUCCAGCGUGCCCAAGAGCGAGUCUAAAAAGAGCAUCACCAUCCGUGAAGCUGACAAGCCCGAACGCAGACCCAAACCUCCCACCUCAAAUCAAGACCUGCAGGACUUCUUUGCUAGCAUCGACAAUGACGGAGGCCAGAACGUCUUUUCCAAUGUACCGGCAGAGCAGAGCUUUUUACUUCAGGCUCAGCCUACGGGCAUGAUGGGCAUGAACGGCGGCGCGUUUGGUGGCAUGAGUAUCAACAUGACCGGUAUGGGAGGUAUCGGUGGCAUGGGCGGCUUGCAACCGCAGAUGACCGGUUACAAUCCUUUCAUGGCUCAGCAACAGCAGACCGGCAUGCAGAUGCCAAUUCAACAGCAAAUGACCGGCUUUGGUGGCAUGCAGCCUCAGAUGUCGGGCUUCAUUCAGCCCCAAGCUACCGGCUUUAACCCUUUCAGACAGUCUAUCAUGCCGCAGCCUACUGGCUUUGGCGGUCCGUUCGGCGCUUUCAACGGGCAACCGAGCAUGUUGAGCCAACAGCAGCAGUCACAGCAGCAGUCACAGCAGCAGCAGCAGCAGCAGCAGCAACAGCAACAGCAACAGCCACAAAAUCAGCCUUUACAGAGUCUGCUGUCUCAGCACACCGCCAUGCCCUCACAGUCGCAAUCACCAUCGCUACCGGGCUCAAAGAAUGCAUUCGGCCAACCUGUCAGCCAACAGUCAUCGGCUUUGUCAUCUUUUAACUCGGCUUUCCAGCCUCAGAGCAAUGGGCAGAGCAAGCCAUCCGAGGCUGUCAACCCGUCCAAGCCGCUCUUGCCGCAAAAGACCGGCUCACGCAAUCCGUUUGCUCCACCUCCUGGAUCCGCGCCACCACCAGCUUCACCUCCUGCGUCGCGAGGUCCGUCGUUGAAUCAGCUCGCAAUGAGCGCGUUUAGUCAGCCGAGUGGCGGUCAUUACGGACUCGGCGCCAAUGCAUGGGAUGGAAGUGUGCCUGCCAACAACCAACAACAACAACAACAACAACAACAACAACAACAACAACAACAACAACAGCAGCAGCAGCAACAGCAGCAGCAACAGCAACAGCAACAAGAGCAACAACAACAAGCGCAGAAUGGUUCGAGCGUCAGUAGUGGAUUGCUUGCACCGCAAAAGACUGGACUGAUUGGCAGCAUCGCAUCAGAGUUCGCUUUUCAGAACCAGAACAGCUCGGGCAACGUCUCCUCUGGGACUGGAUUGGGCGGCAGCAGCACUCCAGGAGUGGUAUCUACACCGAGUGGCCAGGCUCAGGAUUUGUCGUCGCAAUUUGGGGCGCUGACAUUCGGAGGAGGCGUCGCGUCUACAAGUCAGCCGCAGCAGCAAGCGUUGCAAUCUCAACCAACAGGAUUUGGAGGCAGCACAGUUCGGCCUUUCAAGCCGGAAUCGUCGUUCGGGGCGAGUCUGGCGGCGAAUGCGCAGUUUGGUAGCGCUGCAGCUAGCAGUGCAGCUGGGCUUGCACCGCAGAUGACAGGGAAUCCGUUUGCUCGAAUGACAAGUCCUGAGCCGCAGCAGCAGACGCAGAACGCAUCGACGGGCUUGGCAGCGUUCAACAGCAAUGGAGCGGGCGGUAGUGGUGCGUUGAGUGCAUUCAAUUCCGCGUUUGGCAGCGCUUUGCAGACUGAUUCCCAGCAGCAAGGCCUGCCGUUUGGAACAGCUAAUAACACUCAAUCGACCAUGUCGUUGGGCGCGCAACUACCGUCACAGCUGCAACCCCAACUGACCGCGUUGGCUCCCUCGACCAUCAAGCGCUUCCAGCCAUCGUCCGAGUUUGGUAAGAGUAUCAGAGACAGCGAACAACCAAACUUGCUACAUUUCUGA